CGCGCAGCAUGGCGGCGCCCGGCGGCGGCGCUCCCGACAUGGCGGCCGGCGCGCGGCCGGGCCCGGAGCCCGCCCGUGUGGUGGAGGCGCUGGAGCUGCUGCUGGGGCCGCCGCCCCGCGAUGGCGACAGCGCUGCCGAGCCCGGCCCGGAGCCCGCCCUGUGCCCGGAGACGCUGCGCAGGAACGCGGCGGCGCUGGAGGAGCGGCUGCGGCGGGCGGCGGGCUGGGCCGCGCUGCGCGAGCUCCGGGCGGCCGUGCUGUCCCGGGCGCCCGCGCUGGCGGCCGGGGCGGCGGGCGCGGAGCCGGGCUGGGCGGCGGCCUGCGGGCUGCUGGCGCUGCUGCUGUGCCUCAAGGAGCGCCUGGCCGCGCUCGCCGCCGCCCCCGCCGCCCCCGCCGCUCCCGGGGCUGGGCCGCCGCCGCCCGGCGCCGACACGCUGAGCGUGGGGCAGGAGCGGGCGGUGCGGCGGGCGCUGCGGGCCGCCGUGGGGCUGGGGCUGCUGCCGCACCUGCCGCCGGGGCUCGGGCCGGGGCCGGGGCUGGGGCCGCCGCCCGGCACCCGCGGGGCCCGGCUGUUCGCCGCCGUGGCCGCGCUGGUGGAGCUGGCCCGGCUGCCGGCGCUGGGCGCCCCGCUGCUCGCCCGGCACCUCCGCCUGCUCCUGUGCGGGCUCUGCGGGCUGGGACACGGCCCCGCCGCCCUCUGCCAGGGUGUUUCGGAAGCGGAGCGAGCGCAGUGCCGGGAAGCCCUGAGGGACAUCCUGGACCGUGUUUACCAGCCGCUGGCGGUGCAGGAGCUGCUCGUCCUGCAGGGACAGCCCAAGCAGAGGUGUCGGGGUGCCGGGGCAGCUCCGGCCUGGCUGCGGCGGCUCUGCGGGCGCCUGCUCUCCGAGAGGCUGCUGAGGCCCGGCGGGGUGCACGCCGUGGUUCGGGGUGUCCUGGAGGGCACAGACGGUGGUGCUGGUGCUGAAGCAGCAGCUCUGGACUGGAAGAAAUGUGAUGCAGUUGGGAAGAUCCUGGCUGCCUGUCCCCAGCAGUGCCUGUCCCUUGAGGACUACUACAGACAGGUGUGCCCCCAGAUCCUGGACUUGCUGCACAUCCAGGACAAAGUGGCGGCGCGGCAGUUCCAGCGUGUGGCCACCACCACGCUGCUCAGCAUGGCCAGGGAGCAGCCACAGCUGGCAGAGAGGCACCUGCUCCAGCCCCUGCUGGCACCGCUGCGCCGCUGCUCCGAGGCCACAGAGCUGGCACUGGAGGAUUUGACAGCAGGGGCCGUGCUGGUGCCAGAGGCAGAGCUGGGCAGCUGUGUGGAAGAUGUGCUCAAGGUGUAUGUGGUUGGGAAUGACAGCUCGAGCCUGCUGCUGGGAUCCUUGCAGUCAGUCCUGGGAGUGGUGUUUUCCCUCUAUUCCUUCGCCAAGCAGAAUGUGUCAUACUUACGCUCCCCGUGCCAGGACAUCCUGCUGUGGUUCCUGGAGAAGGCAGAGCGGGAGCAGUCCCUGGCUGUGCUGGAAGGGCUGGCUGGGCUGAGCAGCCACGUGCCCACCCUACACCCACAGUGCCAGCUCCGUGUGGGCAGCGAGGGCGGUGCUGCCAUCGUCGUGGAGGAAACCAUCAGCGAUGAAGAUGAGGCCCUGUACCAGAAGAUCUCCUUGGAGCAGUGCCAUGUGGAGAGCUUGGUGGAGCUCCUGUCCCACUGCCAGAAGAGUGGUCUGGCUGGAGACUUCUUCAUCCACUGCCUGAAGGAGCUGACUCAGGUGGCUGCGGAGGACGAGGCGGCUCCAGAGCCAGCUGUGCAGCCUGGAGGGAGCUUGCUGCAGCUGGAGCAGUACCAGGCCAGGCAGGGGAGGAAGCUGCUGGUCCUGCAGCUGGUGGCCGCGCUGUGCGAGGGCGUCUCCGACACCGUGUUCACUGACAUCGUGCAGGUGCAGGAGUUCCUGGCGGCCGUGCUGCAGCGGGCGUGUGCCCACCCUGCGCAGGGCCCCGGCGCGGCGGCCGAGGCGCAGACCCUCGCCAUGGCCAUGGGGCUCGCGGCCGCCGUGCUCGGCGGGGCCGUCCAGCUGAAAUCCAGCGAUUUCGCGGUGCUGAAGCGGCUGGUGCCGCUGCUGGAGGAGCUGUCCCGCACCUACCCCGAGCCCCUCACCCAGGAGCUGGCCUCGGACCUGCGCAUCGCCAUCCUCACCCACGGCGCCUGCUCCCCCGGCACGCUGGGCAGGAAGGCUGGCACGGGCACGGCAGCACAGAGCCCUGCUGGCACAGCCCCCAGCCCCCCAGCACCGCACAGACGCGGCAGCCCCCCGGCUCCCCGGGAGAGGAGCGAGGAGCAGAGCACGUGCCCCGAGCCCGGUGCCUCUCCAGCCCCACGUGCCGACAGCCCGGCCCUGGGCGGGCUGCAGGAGCUGCUGGUGUCAGCCUACGACCCCCAGCCCCCCGGCCGGGCAGCUGCCCUGCGCCGCCUCGCCAGCCUGGUCACCCAGCGGGAUCCAGAGGCAAUUCGGCUGCAGGAGAAGCUGCUGCAGGUGUUCCUGGAGAAUGUGCAGCACGAGGACGCCUUUGUCUACCUCUCGGCCAUCCAAGGCGUUGCCCUGCUCUCCAGUGAGUAUCCAGAGCGGAUUCUGCCCGUCCUGCUGGCACGGUACGAGUGCCCAGCACAGGGCAAAGAGGACACCGUGGCCGCUGUCACCAGGAUGAAGCUGGGCGAGGUGCUGAUGCGUGUCACCCGGGCGCUGGGGGACAUGGUGUUCCAGCACCGGGAGCCGCUGAUCCGCGCCUUCCUGCGGGGUGCCCGGGACCCCGACAGUGCCCUGCGGGCCAGCAGCCUCUCCAACCUGGGCGAGCUCUGCCAGCACCUCGGCUUCCAGCUGGGCUCCAUCAUCCAGGAGGUCACCUGCUGUGUGACGGCCAUAGCCCGGACAGACCCCGAGGCUGAAGUGCGAAGAGCUGCCGUGCACGUGGUGGUGCUGCUGCUGCGGGGGCUGAGUGAGAAGGUCACUGAGGUGCUGCGGGACGUGCUGCGGGACCUGUACCGCCUGCUGAAGCACGUGGCCACGGCCGAGCGCGACGCCGCCACGGUGCUGCACGCACAGCUGGCCCUGGAGGAGCUGGACGCUGCCAUGAGGAGGGUCCUGUUCCCCCCGCAGACGCUGGAGAAGAAGAUCGUGGUGCUGCCGUAGCGGGGCUGAGCCCGUGGAAAUGAACUGUUCCUCUCUGGGGUCAGGCCGUGCCCUCCAGGGCUCGCCGUGCCCUCCAGGAUGCCGCUGGCGGUGUCGGAUGGGAGGGGAGCCUCGCUGGCACGAGGUGUGGGAUUAAACUGAGACGUGCUCAGCCCUGUGUCCAUGAUGUCUGUGGGGCCACGCAAAGCUCACGGGUGCCAUCAUGUUCGUGUCCCAGACCCUGUGUCCUGUGGAAGGGUGGGCAUCGCCCCCAGGGUGAGCGCUGGCGUGGGCAGGCAGCUGGCAGCGCCAGUGCUUCAGGCUCCCUUUGGCCAGGCAGCUCCAAAUGUGUGGCUGUUCCCAAGGGGAGUCAGGAGGGAGGGGGGCACUGCUGUCUGUACCCCCAGAGGGGAAUUCUGUGUCCCCUCCUUGGCACUACUCACACCACAAGAAUGCUGAAGAGUCUGGGGGCUCCUGCACCACAGGGUGUGAGCAUGGGCCCCUCUGGUGUGGCACCAAGAGCCCCUCCAUGCUGAGGAGGGGCUAAGAGACCCUGCAGGGUACCUGGCUGGGACCACCACUCGCCACUAUGUGCUCAGGGAUACCCAAACAUCAGAACCACCUCCUUCCAGGCAGGGCAGUCCCCAUGAGUGCUGCAGCACCGUGGGCCCCAUUCCUGCCCCGGGAGCUGCUGCACACCCUCAGUGUGGGGGGAGCAGAGGCCUCAGGGACCCAGCUUGGUGGCCCCCUUGCUCCCCUGGCAGCCCAGCCCCACCGUGCACAGCCCCAAGAGCCCAUUUCCCAGCUGCCCUGUGUCCUGACAAGCGUGGGAUGUCCAGCACCCCCCCUUCCCUGCAAGGCUGGGAGUCCUGGCCAUGUCCCCAGCCGGGGUGCUCCUGCUGCAGGGAUCCCCUUUCCCAGCUCCUGGUGCUCGGAGUCUCUGGGCCCAGUCCUGGCAUUACCUCACACCCAGCUCCCAGCACAGCCGGACACGGCUGGGCUGAGAAACCCAAAAGUGCUGAAUUUGAGCCCCGAGUGGAGGCUGUGCCUCCUGCAGACUCAGAAUGGCCCCUCCGGGAGCUGGCUGUCCCCUGCCGUCAGGCCGGCGCAGGGA